CAAUGGUGGCAGUCUACGGAACCACCGGGAAUGGCGUCCAUGAGCGCAUGUACCAGCGCAGUACCAGCAACUCCAAGCGCACAGUUUUGGCUGUCGCAUCUGUAGCCGUCGCAUGUUUGUGCGCGUAUCUUGUGGUUUCAUCUGAAGUUCGAAGUGGGCCGGCAAUGCUGUUGUUCCCCACACCCACCCUCAAAAAUCUUCUUGGCACCUUCAUGAGACAGCAAGGAGCUUCCAAGUCGGAUAUCUCCAAGAUGAACAAGUAUUACUCCAAGAAGGGACGUGUUCAGAUGCUCGACGACUUGAGCGGCGAGUUCGAUCCCAUCUCUGACGCUGACUCCAACUACGCCCGUGCCAUCGGCAUCAAGUCCGUCUCCAGGACGAACCCCGUUAUUACCGAGGACAUGGACUUCUCGCCGGAGAAGAAGGGGCGUGUUCAGAUGCUCGACGACUUGAGCGGCGAGUUCGAUCCCAUCUCUGACGCUGACUCCAACUACGCCCGUGCCAUCGGCAUCAAGUCCGUCUCCAGGACGAACCCCGUUAUUACCGAGGACAUGGACUUCUCGCCGGAGAAGAAGGGGCGUGUUCAGAUGCUCUACGAUGUCGACGGCCCUCAGGCUUCUGAUCCCAAGAAGACGGUUCUUGCCAGGCAUGCGAUCCAUCAAAAGAACAGGGCUCAGAAACAGCAGAAGAGCCUUGCAUUCAUGAUCAAGAAUAACAUUCUUGGAACUGCGGACAAAGCCAGCAGUUCAGAUGUUGUCCAAUUCUGCAAGG